UCCCGCCCUUGGACUCCGGCUCCGGCGGCGCCUGGAUAAACACCUGAUUCUCUCCUGAGCUCCGAGCCAAGAACGCGGGUGUCUGGGACAGACGAGGCCGGCUUCUCCGCGGGCAGCCAAGGAGAGUGUCCUGGGACCAGCAUAGAUGAGGAGACCAAGGCCCAGAAAGGCCAAGCACCUCACCCUCCCAUCCCCUGCGGCCAGGAGUUCACAGGUAGGCAGAGGCAGUGCAGGCCAGGCGUCCAGGUCUGCCUUUCCUCUGACCUUCAAUCACACAAAGUGGUGUCAGCCAGAACAUGUCUUUCAACCUGCAAUCAUCGAAGAAACUGUUCAUUUUCUUAGGAAAAUCACUGUUUAGUCUUCUGGAGGCUUUGAUUUUAGCCUUACUCCCGAAGCCACGGAAGAACGUUGCUGGUGAAAUAGUCCUCAUCACUGGUGCCGGAAGUGGAAUGGGAAGGCUCUUAGCCUUGCGAUUUGCCCGGCUGGGAUCUGUGCUUGUUCUCUGGGAUAUCAAUAAGAAGGGGAACGAGGAAACAUGUAAGAUGGCUCGGGAAGCUGGGGCCACAAGAGUGCACGCCUAUACCUGUGAUUGCAGCCAGAAGGAAGAAGUAUAUAGAGUAGCCGAUCAGGUGAAAAAAGAAGUUGGUGAUGUUUCCAUCCUAAUCAACAAUGCCGGAAUCGUAACAGGCAAAAAGUUCCUUGACUGUCCAGAUGCGCUUUUGGAAAAGACAUUUGAUGUGAAUUUCAAAGCACAUUUAUGGACUUAUAAAGCCUUUCUACCUGCUAUGAUUGCUAAUGACCAUGGACAUUUGGUUUGCAUUUCAAGUUCAGCUGGAUUGGUUGGAGUAAAUGGGCUUGCAGAUUAUUGUGCAAGUAAAUUUGCAGCCUUUGGUUUUGCUGAAUCUGUAUUUUUAGAAACAUUUGUCCAAAAACAAAAGGGGAUCAAAACCACGAUUGUGUGCCCAUUUUUUAUAAAAACUGGAAUGUUUGAAGGUUGUACUACAGGCUGUCCUUCUCUGUUGCCAAUUCUGGAACCAGAAUAUGCAGUUGGAAAAAUCGUAGAAGCUAUUCUACAAGAAAAAAUGUACUUAUAUAUGCCAAAGUUGUUAUACUUCAUGAUGUUUUUAAAAAGCUUUUUGCCCCUCAAGACAGGACUGCUUAUAGCUGACUAUUUGGGCAUCUUUCAUGCAAUGAAUGGCUUUGUUGACCAGAAGAAGAAGCUCUAAAGACCAACUCUAUGGCUGAUGUCAUCUGAUACGCAAUGUUACAUAAUAUGUACUUCAAUGAAGAAACGUAUUUUUGUCUGACAGUGGAAUGUAUCUACAGACCACAAGUACCAUUCCUAUUCUGUUACCUAGACUAGACUUUUCAACCAAUGUGUUUGAAAAUCAUGUUGCUAUCACCUUUUUGGUUGAGUUUUGGGUUUUUUUCUUUUUCUAUUUUCUUUUUUUCCAAAACUGAAGACAGCCCAUUUUUGUCAUUUCCAUUUACACAGAUGUAAGAAAAUAAUAUGCCUUGUCCAUGAGCUGCCCUGAGCUUUGGUGGUUGGGGAGGUGGUUCAAAUGGAGCCAGUGGCUGUGGUUGACCUGCCUUAGGGAGCAGAGCUGAGGGGCAAAAAGGACAUCUGGGGAUCUAGCUGGAACAACCUCUCUGGCUAGGACACACAGCUCUGAAUUCCCCCUUUGCUCUCCGCUCUGGCCUUUUUGAACCUGUAACCACCUAAUGUAGAAAAGGCCUGCCUCCAAUCCCCUUCUUUGCAAAACAGCUACACAAAUGCUUACUUCGAAUGCACUGGAUACUCAGACCAAGUGCCAGUCUGGCUAAAGGCCCAUCGAGCACCACUGUGGCCGAGAGCCUUACUGAGCAUUGCCUGCACGCCCCCCAUAGGCAGUGAUCCUAGACCAAGCUCUUAAACAGAAUCACUUUUGUUUCCUAGAAGAGAUCAAAGAAGGGUUGCUUCUUACUCUGAAGAUGAAAUUCUACUAAGUUAGGUUUUUUGCUAUCCAUUGAUCCAAAAAUAUAUUCAUGCAAUUAAUUUUAAGUGUUUAACUUUGUGCUUCAAGUUGGGAUUUAGGUUGAGGCAUUUUUCUGCAGAAUGGGCAAUUUUUUACAUUUAUAUUCAUCAGUGCUGCCCUCACUUCGGAUCUAUUGUAUUCUUACAGUUUAAUCAACUGGCAAAAUGCUUUCAUGCUUUGGAGAUUAACUAAAGCAAGAUUAAGAAAAAGAUGUUAAUUACCAUAUCCCUGGAACUCCUUCCCAGGCUGGCAGGGGCAGCCUUGCAAGAGAAACAGCAGCCUUUGUCUCUUCCCUCUUGUGCGGAGCAAGGAAGGGAUGAGCAGUACCUUGGGAGACCCUGUAAGAGUAAAGAAUUGAGAGUUUGACUAUCUUGGGGUAAAAUGCUGUCAUCGGGGCAGCAGUCCCAAGGAGUGUAAAGUCGAGAAUACACUAUGGUCUGAUUUGUCUUGAGUCGCCGGCACGAACCUGACAGCCCUGUCCUGUAUUUUUCUUUCCACUCAGAAAGCUUUUUAAAAAAAAACAAACUUGUUUUAUGAUAAUAUUAUAACAAUCAUAACUAACACUUACUGUGCCUGGCAGUAUUACACAAAUAUCAAAUUUAAGUAUUUGACAAACAUUAUUUCAUUAAACAAGGCUGUUGUUGAUCGUUACUCAAAGAAUGAUGAAGGUGUUUGGUGUAUGCCAAAGAAUAAAGGUGUUUUGUUCCUCA